UGGCACCUGGCUGGGUCCGAGGGGGCUGGACCGGAUGUGCGUGACACACCUCCGAGUCCUCUGGGAUCCCGCGGACCCCGAGUCGGGAGAAGGCCGACCGGCUGCUGGAUCUGAGGGGCUCCGGGCGGCUAAGUCAGUGCCCCUCUCAACUGAGGAGGAAACCCCAGCGGCGGUGGGGCACCUGAGCCCAGGAUGGCGAGCAGGCCGGCGGGACCGCGAGUGCCUGGCGGAGUGGCACGUGCAGCCCAGGACUCCCGGCUCCCACCUCCUGCUUCCAGGGCCGAGGCUCGUGUUCAAUCGGGUGAAUGGCCGGCGGCCACCUGCCACAUCCCCGUCCCUCAAGGGAACCCAGGAGACCUACACACUGGCUCACGAGGAGAACGUCCGAUUUGUGUCCGAAGCCUGGCAGCAAGUGGAGCAGCAGCUGGGUGGUGGCCCAGCCGGUGAGAGCGGGCCGAGGCCAGUGCAAUACGUGGAGAGGACCCCCAACCCCCGGCUGCAGAACUUCGUACCCAUCGACCUGGACGAGUGGUGGGCACAGCAGUUCCUGGCCAGGAUCACCAACUGCUCCUAGUCGCAGCUUUGGAAGGAACGCUGCCCAUGCAGGGCCUGGCCCUGCCCCACGCUGCACCCUCUGCCAGGAGAGGACCACGGCACCCUGUCUACCCGCUGCGGUGUGCCGUGCUUCACCCUGGGCCUGGCCAGGAGCCGGCCACACCUGA